AUGCAAGUAUCAGAACUCAGACAUAAAAAAAGCCCAAAUGAUUAAUAGUCAUUUGGUUUAAAUGAUGAAUUGUUUAAGGAAAAUUUAUAGAAAAUUCAAUCCAUGAAAUAAAGAAGGAAACCAAGUGUAGACUAGAAGCAUCAAAGGGCCAAAUCAACCCUUGAAAACAAAUAACAUUCUUAUAGGCUUAAUAAACCAACAAAUGAUAAAGAGGAGUAAGAUGGUGAGAAGUUAUUUGACCAAUUUUUUAAACUCAAUAAUUCAAAAAGUGAUAGUGAUUUUAUGAAAGAUUCUAUGUAAAGAGAAUCCACUAACAAAAAUUAGGAGUAGCCAGAUUUUUUAAAAUUUGUUGAAAAUGCCAUUGAAUAUCAUAAAUCAUCAGAGGUUCGAUUUUUUAAACCUUCUACAAAUAAUAAACAUUCUCAUUUGGAAUAGAAACUAAAAGAAGCAUCUUUAUCAAAUAGAUUGUUAAUUAAUUAGUUAAACUAAUACAAAUAAAAAGAAAUUGAACUUAAACACAAGUUGAAAUUGAUGCAGAAAGAGUUUUCCAUCCAAUAUAGUAGUUUAAUAUAAUAAAAUGCUUGGUUAGAAGAAUUACUAGCAAAAUAAAAGAUUGAUAAUCAAAAUUCGUUGUUAGCUGUGAAAAAAGCUGUAGAAAUGCUUUAAAUAAGGUGUAAAUGUUAAAAAGGAAUGCAAUUGUGUGAUAAAAUCUUAAGAGAUGUAAAGAAUUAGGAGAAAUUACGUUAGUAGUAUGAGUGGGAAGAAGAAUCCUAAAGAAUAUAAUCUUCAUCAGAAUUUACUAAUAGUCAUGAAGAGGAGUAGAAUAAUGAUUUAAAUUUUUAAUUGUUUGAUAAAAAUAGAAAAAAAUCAAUAUCAAAAGCAUAACAUAAUUCAAUUUAAUCAACUGAAGACUAAUAGGAAUAGAUGGUUCAUAGCUAUAUUCAAGGGACUAGCAAAAACUUGAGAGAAUACACAAAAGACUAUUUUCAAAAGAAAAGAUAACUUUAGGAGCCAUAUUACAUAGAGGAAGAAAAUACAAUCAAUAGUAAUUGA